AUGGGCGCGGGCCAGUCGAGCGAGUAUAGCGGAGCGUCUCCAGAGGAGCUAAGCUACGUGCUUGCGGAGCGGUUUGCAACGAAAUGCUUCACCCCACUAGAGCUCACCCAUUUCAAAGACAACUUUUACCCCCGUGCUGCAGAGCAAGGGGGCCUCCGAUACUGGAAUGAGAAGACACUCUCUGAUUUCCUUGGUAUCCCAGAUGGCAGCUUUGCGGCAGCCCAUGAAAACCCCUUAGAUGCGGGACCAGUCAUCUUCCGCAUGGUUUCGUAUUUGGGAGCAUUCCCGUUCCAAAAUACCCUCGCCCCGAGCGUUUUGACGUUUGAAGCGAUGGUGAAAGUGGUUGUGUUGCUGACGGAGCGUUAUGGCAAGGCACUGCGAAGAGGGCGAAAGGACCGGAUUAAACUACUAUUCGGUAGUCUGGCAGAUGUUGGAAGAAAAUCCAUUGCGCAGCAAGAUCCUAGGGAAGAUGAGGAAUCGCCAAAAGAAGAAGAGACUGACGCUCGACAUCUCAACUCGCAUGCCCCUGGUUUUACAAUAGACGAGCCCGCAAACGACGACUAUGAUGAAGACGAAGAUGACGACCUUGCACUCGCCGCGUUGGAGUCACUUGAUGCGAUUGAGGUGUUCAAACAUGAUCACCGGGUGGAUCGGACAGUCUAUGAGACAAGCAUCUCGCUUGAUACGUUCCGUCGACUUCUAAUGCUGCUACUCGUUAUUUCGCCCUUGAAGUCUUUAGAGUCUGUCAAGACCUACACGUCUGAUCUCAGCAAUGAGAAGAUAGCCGAAAUCCAGAAAGAGGCAGAUUGGGUCAUAUCGGCAUUUUCGCCAGAAGAAAACGAUGGUGGUAUCUCAUACAGAGCAUUUGCUCGCACGAUAUCCUCAUCUUUGCCAUACCUCUUCGAUCCCCUGACACCGCUAUUCGAACAUAUGCUCUUUAGCAGAAAUCUAAAUCUCUCGCAAAAACGAAACAGCAACGCUAUCAUUGAGCAACAAACAAGUGAAAAGGCCGAAGAGACACAUCCACCAACUUCAAUCAUGCUACCAGGAAGUUUCGAGUCAUCUAUUCUCAACUCAACCCUCAUAUCUCACAUCUCCUUCUUCCUACCAGCGUCAUCCCCCUCAAUCGAUCUAUUCCGCAGCGGUGUCCGCCUACAUCCGGUGUUCUCAACAGCAGCACACGGCUCUUCACUGACCUCUUUUUCACACAACGUCAUGACCUGGCAAUCACCCUCUCUCCUCCUUCUACAAGGGGCCCCCGAAGACUCAGACUCGGAGAAAGACCUAAUAACACUGGGCGCUUACAUCCCCCACCCUUGGAAAUCGCCUUCUUCGCACGGUUCAUCAUCCUCAUCUUCAUCCUCCACUCCUCUUCCAUGCCUCUUCCAACUAUCCCCCAAACACAAAGUCCUACCAGGAAACCCCUCCCCAUCCAUAGAAAAACAACCAAACACCCCCGCAGCCUGGUUCUCAACAACUUCCGGCAUCGCCCUGGGCUGCCAAAUCCCGCCGUCCUCACGCACGACCCACACAGUUCCCAAACCGCACGGCGCGGGCAGCCUCCUCAUAGACGUGAAUCUCGAAACAGCGGAAUUUUGCACUGAACCCGUCGGACACGAGGGUGUUUUCUUGCCAUGUACCACGGCUUCGCCGAAUGAGUCUGCGACAAGGGUCAAGAUCGAUAUCUAUACCCUUGAAAUUUGGGGUGUUGUGCCAGGUCCAGAGAACCAACACGGAUUAGGUGUUGAGGAUGAUGCAGUGAAGUUGCAGCGUGCGAACUGGGAAUUCGAGGCUAGAGAGGCGGAGCGGAGGAGAAAUGUUAAUAUCAAGGCUGGGGGUGGCGAUUCGGCUAAGGAGAGUGCUAGGUGGUUGUUGGAGACGGCGGGAAUUAUUACGGAUCAUGGACAGCAUGAUGGGUAG